AUGGCUGAGGAAGGGAAAAAGAUUUCUUUCGCCUUCGCGAAGUCUAUUAAAAAACCUGUUUUAAAGAAUACUCUGCCCCAAGAGACGAAGAAAGUAGAUUAUAUAGAAUGUCUUGAUGAAAAGGGUAUUAAAGUAAUAGGCAAGGAAGAGAAGAAGGAUGAACCUUUGGUUAUUCCACUGCUAGGAUCAAAAACCUGGCACGAUAGGAUUGUAAAUAAAAUUGAUGCUGACAUUUUUGAGCCUAAGGCAAUAAAGGAAGAAGUAACAGAAAUCAAACAAGAAGUAAACGCAGAACUAACUAAUGGCAAUGCGUUAGCAAAAGAUAAUUCUAGAAAGAAACUAGAAGCAACAAACGAUAAUGAAAAGAAAGUUGUUACUUUAGAAGAACAAGCUGCUAAGGAAAUUAUACAAGACCUUAAAUCUACUGAGGAACAACAAAGUGAAACAAAGACACUGACUUUGCCGCUCCUAGAAGAGCAGGCUUUACGAGGUCAAGAACAGUCUACAUUAGAGGAUUAUGAAAAAAUUCCUGUGGAUGCUUUUGGCUUAGCAAUGUUGAGAGGAAUGGGAUGGCAGCCUGGCAAAGGAAUUGGUAAAAAUGAAAAAGUUGUCUCAGCUGCUAUACCAGAACUACGUCCAAAAGGCAUGGGUCUUGGAGCAGAUAAAGUAGCACUGCAAAAGCCGAAUACAAAUACUAAAAAAGAAGAUGCAGAACUUAAGCUAGAGAAGGGGACAUUCGUAAAAAUUAUUGCUGGAAAGCAGUGUAAUAACUAUGGUCAAAUAGAAGGAUUCGAUGAUGAUGCAGGAAGACUUAUAAUAAAACUCGCUCUUGGAGGAAAUAUUAUAUCUGUGAAUGAGUUCGUAGUGCAACCAGUUACUAAGGCAGAGUACUCAAAGAACGCAAAAGUUCUAAAUGCAACAAAGUAUGAAGAAUAUAAAAACAAAGAAUCUAAUGAAGAGAGUAAUAAAACAGUAAAGAAGAAAAGAUCGAGCUCUUCUGAAUGUUUCGAAAGUAGCGACAAUGAAGAUAGAAAUAUUAUUGAUGAAAAGAGGAAAAAAGGUACCAAACAUGAUAAAAACAAAGAUAUCAGAACAGACGAUACAAAAUCUAAAAGUCGAAAAAGAUAUUCAGACAGCAAUAGCGAUAGAGAUAGUGAUUUCGGAAAAAGGCGAAGGAAAGAGAGGAGCAAAUCUAGUAGCAGUGAUUCCUAUAAAUCAAAGAAAUCUAAGAAAUCAAAGAAACACAAGCGGCGGGACAGUUCAUCCGAAAGGUCUAGCAAAAAGCAUAAGAAAAAAGAUAAGGAAAGAGAAAGAGCAAGAGACCGAAAAUCGAGAGAUUAUACGGACAAACGGAAACACAAAAAAAGGGGUAGAUCAAGAUCACGAUAA